AUGACUCGUCUUGGGUUCGCCGUUGUGGUCGCCUCGAUGGGCGGCGCGUUGGCGCAGACAUGGUGUGGCAAGAACUAUAUGGAGGGCUCGCCAAUCGUGCCGCCAGGCGGGCAGUUUCCCAUACCAGCGACGUCGUCCUCGCCGCUGCUAGCAUUCCGCUGCGCGCCUGCCAUCAAGCCAUACUUGCCAGAGGAUGCGCUUACGCCUACGGCGAUCCUCAUUGACACGCCCAUCGUCUACUCCGAGAUCGCAGGCACAGCUCCUGUGGGUAUUCCGGAAGAGGGCCCACUGGGUGUGCUCUCUGUAAGCAUUGAGUCGGAAGGCAAGCUACUCUCCACGGGCAUUGUUCCUCUGAACGCGACGAAGUUUGAGCUGCCGUUCUCCCUCCUCGCGCUCGAGCCGAAGAAGGGGACAUAUGAUGUGACGUGCUCUGCGACCUAUGCGACGCUGAGCGGAGUGGAGACGUUCACCGCGUCGGCGGAACUGGCGUAUGCGCCCUCACCCACGGACGGCAGCUCCGUUGUAAAAUUGGAUGCGCGUACGGGUGCGUUACUCGCUAAACCUGCGACGGGCAAGGGUGGUGCAUACGAGACUGUGAUGCCUGUUGGAUUCUAUACUGCGUUCGCCGACUAUCUCGCAGCGAACCUAUCCACGAUCAACGAAGCAAAGGAGAAAGGUUAUACUAUUCUGCAAGAAGUUAUCACGCGCAUGGAAGAAGUCGGUAUGUACCUGAUGUACGACAUGCGAUGGACAUAUAUGAACGACACCUCGGUUACGGAGCAGGUAAACUUGGUGAAGAACAGCCCUGCACUACUGCUGUGGUACACAGGCGAUGAGCCGGACGGCACGUCCGAUCCGCUGAAUGCGACCGCCCACACGUACGACCUCAUCUACGAGCUCGAUGGGUACCAUCCUGUGUCGCUGUGCCUCAACUGCUACGACUAUUACUGGAGCAACUACACGGCCGGGGCGGACAUCGUGCUGCAGGAUACGUACAUGAUCUCGAACAACGUCACGUUCUCCGUUGAGUGGCACACACCAUGUACCGUAGACUAUGGCUGCUGCGGAUGUGACGACUGCAAGGGUGUCUUUGAGGACAUCAGUGAUCGCAUGGAUCUGUUCGCCUACCGCCUGUGGGUCAACGGCUGGGACAGGACGAAGGCAGUAUGGACGGUGCCUCAGGGCUUCGGUGGGGCUGAGUACUGGCCGCGCACGCCCACGGGACAGGAAUUCGUCGUGCAAAGUGUGCUCGGCAUCAACCACGGUGGCAUGGGCGUUGUAUCCUGGGAUGCACCGACCACGGACGACAUCUGGGAGUACGGGUCGAUGCUCGCGCAGUCGUCGUCGACGCUCAAAGAGUACAUUAUGAGCAGCGCCGCGACAUUCCAGCACGUAUUCUCCAACCAGAUCGAUAUCGGACUGUGGACCGUCGGCGAGAAGACGCUCGUGCUCGCGACGAAUCUGAACUAUGCAAACGAGACGUUCGACCUUGCGACGGUGCCCGGGCUGAAGACGGCGCCGGUGGUGGAGGUGCUUAACAGCGGCGCGACACUGGAGGGGAACGUGAUCACGUUCACGUCGGUAGGGACUGGUGGAUUCAUCUUGGGUUAA